CUGGCAGCAGGACAGAAGCCCUGGCAGAACUGAAAGUAAAGAUAGGGGUCGCUGCUGAGCCGCGCUGAGCGUGCAUUGCAUGGAGAGGAGAGCAGUGACGCAGGCAGAGCAGAGGGGGCGGAGCUGGCUGGGAAGUAAUCUGCUUCUGCUGCUUCUUCCCUGGUGAUCUCUGCACAGACUGGCUGAGGCGGUGACACGGGUUCGAUCCCCCCUUCCUCCCUCCUUCUGGAUCUAUCUGCCUCUGGCCUGGGGGGCACACUGAGAAAUCCCAGGCAUCUCAGCAGCAGAGCAGCUCUGCAGACUGCACCGAGGAAUCUGUAAUAUCAAUCUCUCCACUGGAAAGAGAGGUGCCUUCAUGUGCUGCUGGACUGGCUCUCCUGUGUGACUGGACCUGGGGGGACAUUUAAAUAGACAGGUAUCAAGGUGGUUGCAGCAGAUGUGGAUCCCCGUUCACAAUCCAACGAGGGAAGCACAAUAACUGGGACUGAUUGUGUUUUUAUAUGUGUGUGCGAUUCUCUGGCUGGAGGAAUAAUACAGAUGGUGAUCUGAUAUCCCCCUAUCUUGACAUUGCAAGAAACAUAAUUACUUUUUUUUUUUGCAAAUCUCAUUUUGUAACAAAAAAGACAAAACAACUAAUUUCUUGGAAUUUAACAAAUAACCUGCUGCGAAAGGAGACACCGGAAACCCUAUUCUAUCAUAUUGAUCAUUCUCCAUGCAUCAGGAAGGGCGUUGUGCGUCUCCUUUUUUAAUAUUUGCAUGCUCGGCCUGCAUAAAUAUUUUCUAUUAAAUCUAAUAUAUUUUUAUUUAUGAACCUUUUUUUUUUUUAUGCAGUGCCUCCCCCUGCUGACCAGCUCUGUUCUACUGAAACGGUGAUUUAAAACGGAUUAUUAUUGUGUUUUGAUUUUUUUGUUUUAGAUUUUUGCUGUUGUUUUGUUAUUUUGUUACUCAACGACUGGGAGGCAGUAACCCUUUAAUCUUCUUCCUUUUUUUUCUUCUUUUUUUUUACAUCUAUCACUGGGAUAGGGCAAUAGAUAUAUAUUUUAUUAAAAGGAUUUAGAAACAAGAUGGCUGAAUGUAGCAGUGUGUGGUGUUUUUUUUUUUUUUUGUGAUGAUCUGUUGAUAAUCCCAAAAGACUAGGCAGCUGUGAGACCAGUUUGAAGUUUCCUUUAAACAGAAUUCAUCUAUAAAAGGAGCAUAGAAAAGGGGGCGCCUGUCUAUUAAUUUAAAUAUACAAUUUUUUUUUCUAUUCAUUUUUGCAUGGUGCAUUACACAAGUUCUAAUCAAGAGCACUUUGAAUAUUCAUGUUCACGAGCAAACAACGUAAUAUACGUUACACUUCUUAGCUGGAAAUGGCAGAAAAUUGGAAAAAUUGUUUUGAAGAAGAGCUGAUAUGUCCGAUUUGCCUGCAUGUGUUUGUAGAACCUGUUCAGCUUCCAUGUAAGCACAAUUUCUGCAGAGGGUGUAUUAGCGAGGCCUGGUCAAAAGAGACGAGCCUUGUUCGGUGCCCCGAAUGCAACCAGGCCUACAAUCAAAAGCCUAACCUUGAAAAGAACCUUAAACUCACGAACAUUGUCGAAAAAUUCAAUGCUAUUAAUGUUGAUAAGCCACCCUCUAUCUUGCACUGUGUAUUCUGUAGAAGGGGACCUCCACUUCCUGCCCAGAAGAUCUGUUUGAGAUGCGAAGCACCCUGCUGCCAGUCUCAUGUGCAGACCCACCUACAACAGCCCUCAACUGCCCGAGGGCACCUCCUCGUAGAGGCAGAAGAUGUUAGGGCCUGGAGUUGUCCACAACACAAUGCAUAUCGGCUGUACCACUGUGAUGCUGAACAGGUGGCGGUGUGCCAGUUCUGCUGCUACUAUAGUGGUGCCCACCAGGGACAUUCGGUGUGUGAUGUGGAGAUACGCAGAAAUGAGAUCAGAAAGAUGCUCAUGAAACAGCAAGACCGGCUGGAGGAGCGCGAGCAGGACAUUGAAGACCAGCUGUACAAGCUGGAGUCUGAUAAGAGACUAGUGGAGGAAAAGGUGAACCAGCUGAAAGAUGAGGUCCGGCAGCAGUAUGAGAGACUGCAUCAGAUUCUGGAUGAAGACAUGAGGAAAACCAUGGAUAUUUUGGAUAAGGCUCAGGCCAAGUUCUGCAAUGAGAAUGCAGCCCAGGUUCUGCAGCUGAACGAACGUAUGCAAGAGGCCAAAAAACUACUGAGCUCUGUGCAGGUCAUGUUCGACAAGACAGAGGACAUUAACUUCAUGAAGAAUACAAAAUCUGUGAAAAUUUUGAUGGACAGGACUCAGAACUGCACUGGAGGAGGACUUCCUCCACCUAAAAUUGGACAUCUGAACUCCAAGCUCUUCCUGACAGAGAUCUCCAAGAAAGAGAAGCAGAUGAGGAAGUUGCUGGAAGGUCCAUUCAGCACCCCUUUGCCGUUCCUGCAGAGCAUUCCCAUGUACUCCUGCAAUGUCAGCAGUUCAGGGGCAGAAAAACGUAAACAUUCUACUGCCUUUCCUGAAGGCACCUUCCUUGACCCAGCAUCUGGAACGGUUAGCAGCCAGUACAUAAGCCAGGGAUCUUCCACUGGUGAGGGCCAGUCGGCACAAGCUAUGGUGCCUUGCAGCUCUACCCAGCACAUUGUCGGACUUCCUAGCGGCCCACAGCCAGUCCACUCCAAUUCUGUCUUCAAUCCCUCCCAUUACCCCAACAGUUCAUCAUCUCAGCAGUCUGUGCUUUCACAGUAUGGGGGUCGCAAGAUCUUGGUCUGCUCUGUGGACAACUGUUACUGCUCUUCAGUGUCCAACCACAGUGGUCACCAGCCAUACCCAAGGUCUGGCCACUUUCCAUGGACAGUCUCAUCCCAGGAGUACUCUCAUCCUCUUCCACCCACUCCUUCAGUAACACAGUCUCUUCCAGGACUCGCUGUCAGAGAAUGGAUUGAUGCUUCCCAACAGCAUGGGCGUCAGGAUUUCUAUAGGGUCUACGGGCAGCCUGCUGCAAAACACUAUGUCACCAGUUAACUUCUAGAACAAGCUAGUCUUGUUUAAUAUGCAUUCAGAAAAAGAUGCCCCCAAACAUGAAACAGAACAACCCUUACUUUGUUUAGUGGUGGACAACGUCUCCACUUCUGAAUAUAGCUAACAUAGGAUUGUUUUAUAUUUUUUGCUUUAAUUCCGAUAUUUCUGAACAAUGGUGUAUGCCCUACCCAUAUCUAGAAUAACAACCAGUUACUUUCCGUUUAGAAUUAUUUUUUUUUUGGGUGGGGGCGGAAGGGUGGGGUUUGUUUUAAGUGCUUUGAAGCUUCUGCUGAUGUUUUAUCAUUUGACGCAAGCAGUUUUUGAGGUUUUUUUAAUUAUCAAUUUAGAUGCCUAUGUUGCUUUAGAUAUAAGCUGUUUCUUGUGAUAGAAGUUUUAAGUUAAAAGGCCACUUAUCAUUUAGACGCUAUUUUUUUUUUUUUUUUUUAAUUGUAUGUUUUUAGAUAUGUGUAAAUACACAAUGAAUAGAAAAUAGUGCAAAUUACACAAAAAAAGGGAACUAUAAAGUUUUGUUUGCAGGGAGAGAAUAUGCCAGUUCCUUUACAGGUUUUUAAUCAUGCAGUAACAUGAUGGACAUUAUACUAAUACGGAUCUGUGACUGGCACAUUCUGAUCUAGAACACCAAUGAGUUCAUGGAAUAUUAUAUUUCUCUCUUCUGUACCUCUACUUGAAGUCUAACCUAUCAAAAAAGACUAUUUCUAUAUUUUUAAUAUGUUGGAAAUGGAAAAAAAAAAGCAGGGAUGGGAAGAUGUGUUAAUACGAUAAAUGUUGUACAUAGAGUAAGAAGAACAGGGUAAUUUUUUUUUUCACUUUGAUCCUAUGUAACUCAUUGAAACUAGCAAAAAUAUUAAAAAUACAAUAAAAAAAACUUUUUUUCUUUUCCAAAAACACAGUUUCAUGGACCAAGAUUAUAGUUGCAGAGUGCAAAUAUAUAUAUAUAUAUAUAUAUAUAUAUAUGUGUGUGUGUAUGUAUGUAUGUGUAUAUAUAUAUAUAUAUAUAUAUAUAUACACACAUACACACACGGUAAAUGGUCUUUUAGCUUAAAAGGUUAAUUUUUUACACUUUUUUCCCAUUUUUUUUUUUAACAUUCCAAAUGUAUGUUAAAAAAAAAAAUGUGCAAUUCAACAUUUCCUUCACUUAAAAUGAGUAAGAUUUGCUUUACAGAUGAAAAGUAUAAUUUCUGGAGUGUCACAAAUACAAAAAAAAAAAAAAAAAAAUCAGAAAAAAGAACAAAAAAAUAAUAAAUGACAUAAUGUGUAUGUAUGUACAGUGUAAGGUCCGGACACUUCUGUUUUUUUCUCUGCAGCAUUAAUUAAUGAACCAUUUAAUGCCAUAUUGUAAUAUUACAGCAAUAAGACUUUGUACUGUAUGUUGCUACGGGACUUUUAUGGCACAGAAGUACAUUUGCUUGGAAAGGCACCUGAAUGAUGGGCACCACUUGGACAUAUGAGCUAUGGAAUCAGCAAGUUCUGCAUGACGGCAGACAGUGCGGCAAUGCGAUCCUGUGUUUCUUGCCUUUUUCUAUAUCAGUGUUGGAUCUGGAGGUAAACUAUCAUACCAUGCUCAACUUAAAGCAGUAGUCCCGCUUACUUGGUCAAAACAAACAAAAAUGAAAUAAAUCUUUUUAUAAAC